CGUUUCACAACAAUAUACAAAUGGCUGGACGCAGAAUAAUUUCAAUAACAGUCUUUUUCUGGUCUUAAAGCAGUGCGCGGCGUUGCUCUUGUUGUGUCUUCAAACCGUUUUCCACGCUCAAGUAAACGUGCGGCGUACGAAACAAUUCUAGUCACGCGUAUCGCGGCGCUUCGUUGUAAACAUCGCCACCUCCCCCUCGACACGCCACACACAGAAACGGAACACAACACAACACAACAAAAAGCAAAGGCAAGACUCGCGGCCCAACAAUGGAAGAACUGAACAGCAUACUGCAGAAAACCAAAGAUAAAUCAACGCAGAAAGAGCAGGAUGAGAUUCUGCUGCAGCCCUUCACAUACAUACAACAGAUUCCUGGCAAACAAUUUCGCUCGGAGCUGGCCUUGGCCUUCAAUCACUGGUUGCUCAUACCGGCCGAAAAACUGGCGCAGAUUGGCGACAUUGUACAAAUGCUGCAUAAUUCCAGUUUGCUCAUUGAUGAUAUUGAAGACAAUUCGAUACUUCGCAGAGGUGUGCCGGUGGCCCAUUCAAUCUAUGGCGUGGCCAGCACCAUAAAUGCGGCCAACUAUGCUCUGUUUCUGGCCCUGGAGAAGGUGCAGCUGCUGGGACAUCCAGAGGCAACCAAAGUGUAUACGGAACAGCUGCUGGAGCUGCAUCGAGGCCAGGGCAUGGAGAUAUACUGGCGUGAUAGCUUCACAUGUCCCUCCGAAUCGGAUUACAAACUGAUGACUGUGCGCAAGACGGGCGGCCUGUUCAUGCUGGCCAUUCGCCUCAUGCAGCUGUUCAGUGCCAACAAGGAGGAUUACUCAAAACUGACGGCUAUUUUGGGCCUGUACUUUCAAAUACGCGAUGAUUACUGCAACUUGAGUUUGAAAGAGUACACGGAGAACAAGAGCUUUGCCGAGGAUUUGACGGAGGGCAAGUUUGGUUUUCCAGUGAUCCAUGCGGUGCGUUCGCAAAAGCAGGACAAACAGGUUCUACACAUAUUGCGCCAGCGCACGCACGACAUUGAGGUCAAGAAGUACUGCAUCAGUUUGCUGGAAAAACUGGGCAGUUUUCAGUACACACGCAAGGUUCUCGAGACGCUGGAUGCUGAGGCGCGAGCAGAGGUGAUGCGUUUGGGCAGCAAUCCCUACAUGGACCGGCUACUCAAUAAGCUGCUCUCGUGGAAGACCAGCGACAGUGCCAGCAUUACGCAAUCGAAUCAGAUCAAUCACAACAACGUGACCGCCCGCAACAGCCCCAACCAGAACACACUGAACUGCAAUUAACAGCCAAAGAGGCAAAAGAGGGAGCAAUCGUGAAUUGCGAAUGGCGAAGCCUCUUUUGCUGCUAACCCAAGAACCGAGCCGAGGGCCAGGGCCAGGGCGAGAGCCAGCGCCUGCCUGAGUGCGCCCCUAAUGCGUUUUCUGCAAAAACUGAAAAUAUUCUGAGAUUUAUGUUCCACUUUUGCUUCCCCGAAAGCUCACAAGUAGCCAAACUCUAACUAAAACU